CUGACGCCUCCGGCUACCCAGCCUCUGUGGCGGCUUCUCCACCACUUUCAGCUCAAACCCCUGCUACUCCUUCUCAUGGCGAGAAGGAGAAGGAAGAGCUAACACUCUCCAUUCCUCAGCUCCAACCGCUUCCCAUGCUCUUCCCCGCCCGUUCCUGCAAAACUCUUUCAUCAAUCUUCGUUGGCUUCUCCUUUCCAAAGGUGCGUUCUUCGUUCUUCUCUCCUCUUCUCCACCACUCUCAUAAGCCCUUCUCCAAGCUCCUCACCGAGAAGCCGCAAUUCGAUUCCCUAAUUUUAGGAAUCCUCAAAUACAAUCCCCACGCCUUCACCUCCGGCUUCCGUGCUCCUGCCCGCCUCAAGCCUCUGAUCUCCGACCGACACCUUUUCCUCUGCACCAUUCAUUCCAUCGGCAACCAGCCUCGCGUCGCUCUGCGCUUCUUCCGCUGGGCCGAGCGCCAGCCCGGCUUCCACCGAUCGGAGAUCCCUUUCUGCGCCGUGCUCGAGAUCCUCGCCGACGCCGGGCUCAUGAAGGCUGCAUAUUCCGUUGCUGACAGGGCUUUGAGCUUUGGUCUACAUGGAAUCGUCGACCUUUUGAUCGGAAAGUAUGUGAAUUCGGACGUUACUAUAAAGCUACUUAAUCUGCUUUUAUGGAUGUACACCAAGUGUUCGAUGGUCGAACGCGCAUUGUCAACCUUUCGUAAGAUGAUGGACAAUGGUUUCUUGCCGGAAAUUAAGAACUGCAAUCGGAUUCUUAGGGUAUUGCGGGACGGGAACAGGUGGUCUGAAGUCAGAGCAGUUUAUCACGAGAUGGUCAAGGCAGGAGUGCAGCCUACUAUUGUUACUUACAACACAAUGCUUGAUUGUUACUGUAAGGAGGGGCAGGCUGAAGAGGCCUAUAUGCUUCUACUUGAUAUGGAGUUUAAGAAUUUCACUGGCUGCUUGCCUAAUGAUGUUACUUACAAUGUUGUGAUCAAUGGAUUAUCGAAGAAGGGUGAAUUGGAGAAGGCUGAGAAGUUGCUUGCGAAAAUGCAAAGUUCAGGGAAUGCUUCUUCUUACUCUUAUAAUCCACUGAUUAAUGCUUUGUUUAGCAAGGGAUUCGCUGAUCGAGCAUUGCUUUUUGAAAAUGAUAUGUUGGGAAGAGGAGUGGUGCCUUCUGUGACAACCUAUAAUACUAUAAUUUAUUGGCUUUGUAAGAUGGGAAAGGUAGAAGAAGCUAGGCGAAAGUUUACAGAGAUGGAAUCGAAUGGUUUGGUGCUGGAUGUGGUUUCUUACAACUCUUUGAUGUAUGGUUAUUGCCGUUUGGGGAAUGUAAUGGAGGCUCUUUCUUUGUUUGAGGAUUUGCGAAGAGCCCGAAUUGUUCCUACGGUGAGAACAUUCAAUAUAAUUAUCGAUGGUCAUUGCAGGUUGGGAGCUCUUGAGAAGGCUAGGAAGCUUAAAGAGUAUAUGAUAGAAUUUGGCUUUCACCCUGAUGUUUAUACUUAUACAAUCCUUGUGAAUGGGUCUUGCAAGACAGGGGAUCUUGCUAUGGCUAAAGGAUAUUUUGAUGAGAUGCUUCAUAAGGGACUUCAGCCAGAUUGCUUUGCAUAUGAUACAAGGAUAGCUUGUGAAUUGAAGCAUGGGGAGUUAUCUGGAGCUUUCCAACUGAGGGAGGAGAUGGUAGCUAGAGGUGUUUCGCCUGAUAUAAUCACUUAUAAUAUUUUACUCGACGGGAUUUUCCGGACAGGAGAUUGGGAUGAAGCUUACUGGUUGUGGAGGAAGAUGAUCAAUGAUGGAUUAGUUCCUGAUUGUGUAACAUAUACUUGCAUAAUCCAUGCCCUUUGUGGUAAAGGGCAUAUAGACAAAGCAAAAAAGGUUUUUGAUAGAAUGUUGUGCAAUAAUGUUUCUCCAUCAGUAGUAACUUAUACAGUACUGAUUCAUGCUUAUGCAAGCAAAGGAAGUUUUGGGAUAGCCUAUGAAUUCUUUGUUCAGAUGCUGCAGGAAAAUGUGCAGCCAAAUGAAAUAACUUACAAUGCUCUUAUAAAUGGCUUGUGCAGAACUAGAAAUGUUAGGUUGGCUUAUAGGUGUUUUUAUGAAAUGCAGGAAAGGGGGCUAAUCCCCAAUAAAUACACUUACACUUUGUUGAUAAAUUUAAGUUGUGAUUUAGGUUAUUGGGAUGAAGUAAAAAGGUUGUAUUGUGAGAUGCUUGAGAAAGGUAUUCUUCCUGAUUCUUGUACCUACAGUGUUUUGUUUAAGCAUGUAGGUGAUGAGCUCAAGGAUAAUACAGUUUAUUACCUGGAUAAUUAUGUGCUUGCUGGUUAAUUCGAUAACUUCGAAUGCCACAAUUUUGAAUGGACAUACUAGUGAGUGCAAGUGUUGCUUUCACUUCAGCCAACUCUUGCUCUUAGAAAAAGUGAUGAGUGGGUUUGUUCCUCCAGAGCGCUCGACAGAGAAUAAGGAGGUUCAGUGGUGGAUUUGGCCCUUCAUCUAGGCUUGCUAACAUGACUAUGGCUUCAUGAAAGUGGAAAAAGCAUAAAUUGCUGCACCACCUGCAUUGUGGCUUUAUUGCCAUGGAAAUGUUUCACAUGACAAAUAGAUAUUCAUCUACCAGAAUUGGUUAUCUCACAAUUAUUCACGAGUUGAGGGGAUAGUGGACAAUGGAGGAAGCUGGAAAAAGAUUAUGUUGGGCUUAUAAUACACUGAGUACGGGGUACAAUGAGUAAAUAAAGAGCCUAUUUAGCGCACAAGGAUUUUAUAGACUCCAGAAAAUGGAAUUGAUAUAUAGAGCCGUACCCGUGCUAUAUUAUAGAGGUAUUUUCUAUGAUUCGAACACAACUUGCAGUUGACAGAUAGGAUAUUAUGAUACAUUUAUAUAGUUAGUUGGCUUUAGGAUUGGAAUUUAUGACACCAACGAUGCUUGUGAUGUUCCAUGGUCUCAGAUUGCAACAUCUAUAUAAAGUUGCAGUCGUAUUUCACAUUAUAUGGGUUUACAUGAACUGAAAUCCAAUCCCUUUGCCUUUGGAUUAGUCACCUCAGGAAGAAGAGAGACGUCAAAUUUAGUUUGACAUUAAACUUUUCAAGUAAUUUUGGCUCAUAAACCUGUGAUUCUUUGGGCUUCAGAGAACAACAUUCUGUUUGCUCGCUACUUUGAUAUUUUUUGCUUACAAAUAACACAUUUGAUACAUAGUAUAGGUCUAUAGGAUUUGUGGAUCUCAUACCACUUAAUAUGCCAAAAAAUUGCUUUCAUUGAAUGUUCAAGCAAGAAAUACAAGAAUUGGUUCCAAAUAACAAUGUAAUGAUAAAAAAAAAUCAGAAAAAUCAAUGAAAAAUUCAAACCACAUAAGAUCAAUCCGUAAAUGGAAUUUAAUCACCACAAGUAGAAAUCCGGUCGCACCAAAUUUUAAUAAAAUAAAAUAAAUACUAUGAAGGAAAUAAUUCAACCAAGAUAACUUCUAGUUUUAGCUAGUCACAGUUGGACCACUUUGGAAGAAUAAUGUAUCUAUCUUGCACACAAAAGAUUGAAAUUGGAAGUAGAAAUUUUAUUAAAUUAGAUAUUUAAUUACAAGCCUUAGAAAGUCUAUUUAUUGACUUCUUAUCCUUAGGUCAGUUUAUGUGAUUGACAUAAGAUCAACUAGCUCAAAUACAUAUUGCCAUCAAAUUCCAUCUUUUUAUCCAAAUCUCACAUUAGAAGUAGAAAAAGAAAGACAUAUUCUUAGGCAAAAUCGACUUUGGUUGAAAAAAUUAUAGGUAAAGAAUAACUAGGUGCAUAAAGAAAUUGUAAUGCCCAAUUAACAACAAUGAUAGUCCCCUAAAAUAGAUUCCCUACGUGUAGAGGCAAUAGAGCAAUCCCCAAUUAGCGGCGCGACAUCGCACAUGAGUGUAGUGAAUAAGUAAUAGAGAAAAAUUAAGUAGCAACCUAAUAGUAGGGCCUCACAAAUAAUUUCUUUCAAGCGGCAACAAAACUACAAUUUUGAUAAAGUAGAAGGGGACAAUCUCACAUAAAUUUGCUAGGCUUGGAAAGAUUUAGCUCCAAUGAAUGACAUUUGAUACUUAUCAAGCAAAUUGGGACAUAAAUUUUGUGCUGACUAUGAAGUAAUUCAUGAGUUAUUAUAAGCAGGUCUAUCUCACCAGUAUGCAAGGUAUCUUUAGAAUCUACUAAUAGCAAUAGACAUAAACUUAUCAUCUUGAAUCGUUUUAGGAACUAACUGUAUGGAAUUAUUUAAUAGAGAAUUAGAUGCAAGUUGUGAAGGAGAUGGAAAGAUAGCAAAAUUUAUGGAUUUGAUAGCAGAUAUAUGAAAUAAGGUCAAAUCUAGCACAUUUAAAACUAGAUUAAUAUCAAAAUUUUCAUGAAUAUCUAAUUUGUAGGUGUUGGUUUUUGUAUAUUCUAUAGUUUUAGAUGAUUAUGUAUUUCCCACAUUUGAUUUCUUAAAUGUUUAUGAUGAAAACCUUUUUGAAUUUAAAAGCUUAAUAAUUAUGAUAAUUAAUAGUUAUUUUUCUAUGACAAUCAUGCAAGCAAUAUGAAGAAAGUAAUAAAAUGUUAAAAUACUAAUAUGUGUCAUAAGGAAUACUAAUAAUGACCUAUAACUAAUUCCUAGAAAAUAAAAUGCUAAUAAAAUUAGUACCAAAUAAACCAAAUAAUUUUGAUAUAUGCCUAUAUGCAUGGACAAACUCUUUAAAUAAAACUUAUCUAAAUGACUCAAAAAAUUAGUAUUGAUUGAUUACUCAUUUUAGUAUUUGACCAAAUGGAUGUAGUUUAAUAUUUCAAUUUUAUUUUAAAACAUUUACUAUUAAGAGUUUACAUAAAAUAAGUUUGUCAACAUUAAUGUAGAUGCAGAGUCACUCUCGUCAAAUAUAAAUUUAGAUUGUGACCAUAAAAUGUAUUUUGCAUCAAUGCACCCUCAAUAGAAUAUUCAUAAAUUAUAGUUUCUUCAAUUUGAUCAACAUUUAGUCGUAUGUAAUUCUUGUAUUAGUGCAUUUUUCAUAGGCUUUAGAUGAGUUGUUAUUGACUUUUUCUUUACGAAUUGGCAUAGAUGCAACAACCUAAAUAAAAUGCACAUAGCAUACCUUAAUACUUAUAGAUUUAUUAUUUAUAUAAGGCCUCACUUGUGCUUUCGAUGAAUUAUAUGUCCUUAACUCUCUCUUAAGACUUUUAAAAAUAAAAGUAGUGGUUAUAAAAUAGUCUAAAGAUUAAUCACGUGCAACUAUGCAAAUAUUGCUUAAUAUUCAACCACUCUAAAAUUUUUUGUUUACAAUUUCAAAAUUGAUUAUGCUAUUUAUUUGAUAUCUACCAAAUGGUUGAUACUUCUAUCUAAAAACAUGUUUCUUAUCAACCCAUGUUCAUUUUAUUUUACUUGAAAUACUUAAUAUCAAAUAAUUGAGCGUUCCUUUGUUUCGUCAUAUUUGACUAGUUUUUCAAUAAAUAAAUUAUAAUGUUCUAAAAUCUUUUGAGUCAUUUACUCGCACUGUUAUAAAUCCCAUCAAAUGUAGAAAUGUAGUUUUAAAUUAUUUAAAUCAUCAUAUUUUAUUUAAAUUUUGUUAUUAUUAUUAUUUUUUUGGAUGAAUGUGGCU